AUGGUGAGGGCCUACGAGCAACAUUCACUGACCACAGAGCCUAGUGGCAUGAUUCAUGUAGACACAAGUACAACAAAACCCAACUGUUUCGAGCCCAGAAGCAGAAACCCUCCUGUGAGCAACAUUGCAGAUGUCCCAAGGAAGUCCACCCAUCAUGGUGUAGAUCAACGCAACCUUCAGUUAACAAGUGUUUCUUUUGUGACAGACAGGCAGUUUCUGACCAAUAUUAACGUGAAAGAGAAUCGAGUCAUAAGAAAAGUUGAAAAGACUCAAUACAAAAUUAAUUCGGACGUAAUAAUAAUGAAGAAGAAGAAGAAGAAGAAGAAGAAGAAGAAAAAGAAGAAGAAGAAGAAGGAGGAGGAGGAGGAGGAGGAGGAGGAGGAGGAGGAGGAGGAGGAGGAGGAGUGA